CCCCCGACGACAAUCGUAGUGCUGACUCGCCGCCAAAAUGGUUUUAGCCGAUUUAGGACGAAAAAUUACGAAUGCUUUGCAUUCGCUUAGCAAAGCAACCAUCAUCAAUGAAGAGGUGUUGGAUUCGAUGCUAAAAGAAAUUUGCACCGCGCUGCUUGAAGCGGAUGUCAAUAUUCGACUGGUGAAAAAACUGCGUGAAAACGUACGAUCUGUGAUCGACUUUGACGAAAUGGCCGGAGGCUUAAACAAACGAAGAAUGAUCCAAUCGGCCGUGUUCAAGGAGCUUGUCAAGCUGGUGGAUCCUGGCGUGAAACCUUACCAACCGAUCAAGGGACGGCCAAACGUGAUCAUGUUCGUAGGGCUGCAGGGUUCGGGCAAGACAACAACCUGCACAAAGUUAGCCUACCAUUAUCAGAAGAAAAACUGGAAAUCUUGCCUCGUGUGUGCAGAUACGUUUCGUGCCGGUGCCUAUGAUCAAAUCAAACAAAACGCUACGAAAGCCCGUAUUCCAUUCUACGGUAGCUACACCGAGGUCGAUCCUGUCACAAUAGCCCAAGACGGAGUAGAAAUGUUCAAAAAAGAAGGUUUCGAGUUCAUCAUCGUAGAUACUAGCGGUCGUCAUAAGCAGGAGGAAUCGCUUUUCGAAGAAAUGUUAGCAGUAGCCAAUGCAGUUAAUCCAGAUAAUAUUAUUUUCGUCAUGGAUGCCACCAUCGGGCAGGCAUGCGAAGCUCAGGCUAAAGCCUUCAAGGAGAAAGUCGACAUCGGUUCCGUCAUCAUUACCAAGCUGGAUGGACAUGCGAAAGGAGGUGGCGCCCUAUCAGCUGUCGCUGCGACUAACUCUCCAAUCAUCUUUAUUGGCACCGGUGAGCACAUUGACGAUUUGGAAUCCUUUAAGACGAAACCCUUCAUCAGUAAAUUGCUCGGAAUGGGAGACAUCGAAGGUUUGAUUGACAAAGUCAACGAGCUAAAGCUGGACGACAAUGAGGAGCUGAUUGAUAAGAUUAAACAUGGCCAAUUUACUAUCCGCGACAUGUAUGAACAAUUCCAAAACAUAAUGAAAAUGGGACCGUUUUCUCAAAUCAUGGGAAUGAUUCCAGGAUUUUCCCAAGAUUUUAUGACCAAGGGUGGUGAACAGGAGUCAAUGGCGCGUAUCAAGCGGCUUAUGACGAUGAUGGACUCGAUGUCCGACGGCGAGCUUGAUAACAAAGAUGGAGCCAAACUUUUCAGUAAACAGCCGACACGGGUUACCCGUGUAGCCCAAGGGUCCGGAGUGAUGGAGCGAGAGGUUCGCGAUCUGAUUUCACAGUACACCAAGUUCGCUGCAGUCAUCAAGAAGAUGGGAGGCAUAAAGGGCCUGUUCAAGAGCGGCGAUAUGACGAAAAACGUGAACGCAACUCAAAUGGCCAAACUAAACCAACAGAUGGCCAAGAUGAUCGAUCCGCGCAUGUUCCAACAGAUGGGUGGCAUGAAUGGACUGCAAAACAUGAUGCGACAACUCCAACAAGGUGCUGGAGGUCUAGGCAACCUGAUGAGCGGGUUUGGUGGAAAGUAGAAAAGUUAACGUUUAUUGUUUACCAGCUAACUGUAAGCUAACCUAUGUACUGGUUUAGUUUGCAUUGGUGUUGCGAUUCAGUUGUAUUUUUUUUCAGUUCGCUAUGCACACAUAUUUGUGUACAUUGGGAAUAAAUAAAUUGUAUAAUUUAGUUACGUUUU